AUGAUGAUGGAGAAGCUACAAGGUUCUGACACCCUCAGAGCAGGUCUGGAAAAGAGCAAGAGAGAGAUCUUAAGGCAUACCAAGAGAGCAUGGACACCUAUGGAUGGGCAUCCACUUCCUGGCUCUGAGGAGGAAAGCACAAUGGUCACCAUGCAUGUGCAAGAAAAUUCCAAGCAGGAAAGCAUCCAGCAGUGGCUGGACUCUGGAUACUUUGUCUCUGGAAAUGAAAACUUCCAGCAAGCCAUCAACCAUUCUGCUUCCUUGCACGAACAAGGGAUGGUUCAAAUGACCGUGAAAGACUACAUGAGAUCUCUGCACCAGUUCUCAGAGACACCUACCCUGUCCAGAGGGACUAGUUUCAACUCGUGCUAUUCCGCCACAGGUGUACCACAAAGCAUUCCUGAAUGGUUGGAAUUUUGGGAAAAAGACCCUGUGGAGAUUCUCUUGGAUCUGGGCUUUGGUGCUGAUGAGCCAGAUAUAUGCACACAAAUCCCAGCCAGAUUCCUUGGGUGCAGCUCAGUAGCCAGAGGAAUCAACAUCCGUGUUUUUCUUGAAGCACAGAAGCAGAGGAUGGACUUCGAGAAUCCUGACUUGUAUGGCAGGUUCCGACAGUUGGAAAUCCUGGAUCAUGUGACCAAUGCUUUCUCAUCUUUGCUGAAUGAUGUUAACACCACCCAGAGCCAAGAUGAAGAGAAAGUUGGAAGAGAGGGUGUGCAAAACCCCACAUCGAGUGGAGUUAAAGAGCAUCGGAGAAGAAUGAGUCAACUUUUAAAGAGAACUUCAAGACAGACCAUCAGGAGAGAUGGCAACCCAGCACUGUCAGAAUCAUUCAAGACAGAAGACAGGAUUUCUACUCUGCCCACAAAGCCGUGGGAGUCUAGGCUGGGGCUACAAUUGGCUUCCACUAGCCAUGAUGGAGGUCACGUGCCUUCUUCAACAGAACAUGGUUCUGCCCAAGUCUGCAAUGACUUGUCCCCUUGUCUCCCUCCACAUGGUCUUCUGGACAAGCAGUUGGCAAAACAGUCUCCUCAUACCAGAGUGCCUGAGGGGGCAGUUAGGAGGAAAAUUUGGAAGGAGAAAUGGAUUCCCAUGGACAAGCUCAAGAAUUUGUCUCACGUCGUGAGUAAAGGAGUCGACUCCUUUGAAAUGGAGGAGGUCCAAAGCUUUGAUGAAGACACUGGCAACCCUCUUAACCUGAUUUCAGGAAUUGCAGGCUCCCGUGUGGACAGAACAAACAGCUGUCAGUCGGAUAGCAGCGGGUUUUUGGAGGAGCUGCCAGAGCCCCACCCCUGCCAGGUAUCUUCCUUGCCAGGAAAUCAGAGUCCCACUGAGUAUAAAGGUAGCAAACCAAAGGAUCGGAGUCAUAGGCCACCAUCAUGGCAUGACUGUCAGCAAGAGUCCAGUGACUCUAAAUUCCAGAGCACGGUGAGCUCAUCUUUUUCAAGUCAUGCUGGGAGUAUCUUGGAAAGAAAGGUCUCAGCAUCUGUGGAGGAGAAAGAGCUUCAACUUGAGGCCAUGGAAGGGCGACUAGAAAUAGUCAACCCAGACAUGACACUCACCAAGACCAUGAUGGUGGAAGACUACCAAGAGCAUCUUGUUGGAACUGUAGUCACUUCUACAUGUGACAACACAAUAGGGAUCAUGGUGAAUCCUGUCACAGAAAAGGAAGAUAGGUCUCUGAGGCAUAAGGAUACUGGGAAAUUGCUGAUACAAGGAUAUCACUUUGAAUCACCAAGGUCAUCCGGGAUGGAUCAGACUCCAGACAAUUUCUAUCAUGUGGACUCUGAGAUCCCAGGAACAGAGGACAGCAGCAAGGUCUGCCCUGACACCAAGCGAAGUUCAGUGGUACAAGAGAGGCUAACCCAGCCCUCUCAGCAGCACAGAGGAGCCAUGUCCUGGAGCGGUGACCUUGUUCGAAACUCUGAGAAGUCAAUUCCCCACCUUGAUAAGCCACCUGGAGGUGCUCCCACUCACUCAAAUGCUGCCAGCUCUUGGUCUGUGACAACCCACAUGUCCUCCAAUCUGGUGUCCACUGCUCAGAGUGUUUCAGACUUGAGGACCUGCCACAAAGGACCAGCUUUGGAAGGCAGUCCCUGUGACCCUGUUAAUACCAUAGACCUGAGACCGCAGACGAAAGCAAAGCAGGUCAAUGAUGUUGCCAUUCAGACUUAUGCAUAUGAAUGCAAGCCCAGUCCCUCACACAAUAAGGCCUUAAAUGGUAGACCCUGGCCCCUCACCAAAUCCAUCUCUUUGGACACAGGUUUUCCUAGCACCUGCUCAACAGACCUCUGCCACAUCAUACCUGCCCACUGUUGUGUCUACUGUCAUCACUGUCCCAACUGCCAGGGGAGGAGGCAAAGCCCUGGCCCAGAACCCUCUCUUUGCAGGCAUUUCCUGUACUCACAUGCAGAGGAUCCUGAAGCCCGGUUCAUGAAGACAUUGAAAAUACUUCAGGAUACUACUGUGAGGGACUUGUGUUCUGGCACAGUCUAUCAGAUGGAAACCAUGAAAAUGGUGUGCCAGAGUUUCCAGGAGCACUUAGAGGAAAUCGAGCAGCACUUCGUGGAACAGCAGGCACUCUUCCACAGGGACAUGUCAGAAGAGGAAAGGGAAGAGGCUGAGGACCUGAGGACUUUACGAGAGGCCCUGAGGCAGCAGGUUGCAGAGCUGGCAUUUCAGCUAGGAGACCGAGCCAGGCAAAUCAAAGAAGGGAUCCUACUGCAUCUUGACCGACUCUCCGAGGAACUACCUGAACACUAUGCAAAUCUGCAACAGUGUAAUUGGACAGAGGGAAGACAUGGCCAGAGGUCAUGUGUUCAAACCCACACUGUGGUCCCUGAUUCUGUCCUUCCUGCCAGCUGUGGGCAGCAGACUCCCUGCUUGGGGGUGAUACAGCCAUUUGGUCUUGGUCACUCUGACCUUGAGAUCAGAGGUGGGAUGUCUCUACAGUCACCAACUAUGACAGAGUCAGGUCCUGGUCCUUCAUCAAGCAGUGCUGGAGAGUAA